GGGCUGGGUACCGACCUUCGGUUCUUUUAUGGUACCGACCGAAAUGCUUCAGUUUUACAGAGUAUCAAAACAUGCCUCGUCUUUCGGUGCCAAGUUUCGAUGAUUGGCUGUGACGUUUAACGUGAUUGCGUCACCCAGGAAAAAUACAUACGUGGUCACGCCUACAGUCGGGGUUCACGUGUAUCUGUUGUGAACUGGUUGCGAGCGUCGUCGAACCGUUUAAAAAUGCCACCCAGGUCAAAAGUGUGGCUUCACUUUAUUAAGAUUGAUGCCAAUAGUGCGCAAUGCAAUAUAUGCAAAAAACACAUUGUUGCUAAAGCUGGCAACACGACUAAUUUGAUGAAGCACCUAAUCGUGCACGGGAUCAAUUUAAGAGCGGAAAGUUGCUCGGUGUUUGACUGCAAGAAGAGCGGACCGCAGCCAGCGCAGCCGUCCUCCUCUCAGCAGCCCGUGGACAGUGCUAAACCGGAGCGAAGUGAAAAAUGUCAACCACCGGACUCCGCCUCAUCAGAGAUGACAGAGGACGGCACAGUGUCUGGAAUUUCAACAGUAGCAUCUGACUCUGAUGUGAGGAGGAAAAAGCCAGUCAGCGUAAAUCCAUUCACACUUGCAGAAAAGGCAAAGAUGCCAAAAGAAAAACAAGAUCAGUGUCACAGGGCAGUCACAAACUUUGUUGUUAAAGGUUUGCUGCCUUUUUCUAUAGUGGAGGCUCCAUGGUGGAGGGAGAUGGUAACAGCCCUUAACCCCAGAUACCAGUCCCCCAGCAAAGACAUGCUGUCAAAUACACUUAUACCAGCAUGGUAUGCAGUAGAGAAGGAAAUUGUCAAGAAAGAAUUGCAAGACGUCAGAGAUGUGGCUGUGACUGCGGAUGGGUGGACCAGUGUGGCACAAGACCAUUACUUGACUGUUUCAGUCCACUUUGUGAGAGAGGGGGCCAUGAAGGAGAAAAUCCUGCAUACCAGGGCAGUCUACACAUCACAGACAGGGAAUGUAAUAGCCGAGGAGAUAGGGGAUAUUCUUGACAAAUUCGAUAUAAAGGAUAAAGUUGUUGCGAUCACUGUAGACAAUGCAGCUAAUAUGGAUGUAGCAGUGAAAAAAAUGAACAUUAGAAAGAUUGCCUGUUUUGCUCAUACUCUAAACAUUGCUGCUCAAAAGCUAUACACUAUACCAGUCAUCUCAAAGUGGGCAGGAAGAAUCCGAGCUACAGUGGUGUGGUUAAAGCGGUGCAGCUUGGCUAAACCGAUCCUUAAAGAGAAGCAGCGUCUUCUCGGUCUUCCAGAACAUGCUGUCAUUUUAGAUGUGAAGAACAGGUGGAACAGCCUGUUCCUGAUGGUGGAGCGAUUUCUGGAGCAGUUUCCUGCAAUCCAGGCAGCCUCCAUGGACCCUCGGUUAAAAAAAUCAAUGGAGAAGGACAGGUGUUGUAGAUGAGGAUAGACUGUGGGAUUACCUUAUUCCUUUAUCAAAGUAAACCAAUCUGCUGGGCUUUGCUCUAACUAAUACAACAAUGUGUAUAUU